AUGUCUCAGGACAUUCAAAAGCAGUUUGGAGUUAUUAUUCCAGUUGGAUCAGGUAGUCUUCGGUAACAUUUUCUGUUAUAUAUUUUUGUCUCGUGAAAUAUCUGCUCGAAAAGAGAAGAAACUCUUUAUUAGAUUAAGGUUACCUAAGUACACAUCACGUUGAAAAAAUAUAGAUCUAUGUGUAAGUGCUUUUAAUUGCAGAUGGAAAUAUGUACAAUGUUGUUUGGUUGAUAAUCAAUAUUGUUUUUGUAGAAGAUCAAAUCACCUGACAACGCAAUACACUUAUUCAUGCGUACGGUUCACAAUUAUUUGCGGUCUGUUUUCCUCAGUUUGUAUGAUUCUCAUUGACUAGUAUAAUUAAAUUUGCAGACUAAAACACCCCUUAUUUGAUUAAGAAUAAGAAAAGUAAACAGUGCAUCUCGGUUUUCAAUUCCUGAUGGAUGCUACUGGGCUUCACUUUAACUGAGAAAUUUGUAAUCGCUUACCUAAGCUCUUUGUGUUCCAUGCCGUAAGAAGCACAAGAAGAAAGUUGAUGAUAGUGAGUCUUGGCUGAGACAAGAAGAAUCAGAGAAGAACCUACGGUCCCCAGAAACGCCACUUUUAGACACGAGACAACUAAGGUAAAUUGAAUUAAGUGGUAUUUGUUGUAUUGACACCUAUGGUUCAGAUUAUAAGAUACGCGAAUUACGUACUCUUCCCACCGAUUUUUUCUUUACAUUCUGUUAAGGUGGCNUAUGUGUAAGUGCUUUUAAUUGCAGAUGGAAAUAUGUACAAUGUUGUUUGGUUGAUAAUCAAUAUUGUUUUUGUAGAAGAUCAAAUCACCUGACAACGCAAUACACUUAUUCAUGCGUACGGUUCACAAUUAUUUGCGGUCUGUUUUCCUCAGUUUGUAUGAUUCUCAUUGACUAGUAUAAUUAAAUUUGCAGACUAAAACACCCCUUAUUUGAUUAAGAAUAAGAAAAGUAAACAGUGCAUCUCGGUUUUCAAUUCCUGAUGGAUGCUACUGGGCUUCACUUUAACUGAGAAAUUUGUAAUCGCUUACCUAAGCUCUUUGUGUUCCAUGCCGUAAGAAGCACAAGAAGAAAGUUGAUGAUAGUGAGUCUUGGCUGAGACAAGAAGAAUCAGAGAAGAACCUACGGUCCCCAGAAACGCCACUUUUAGACACGAGACAACUAAGGUAAAUUGAAUUAAGUGGUAUUUGUUGUAUUGACACCUAUGGUUCAGAUUAUAAGAUACGCGAAUUACGUACUCUUCCCACCGAUUUUUUCUUUACAUUCUGUUAAGGUGGCUCGACUGGAUUUUUUUGGGGGGAUACCUCCCAAGUUUGAGCAUUAAUUACGUCGCCAUGAGUAAAUAUAUGGAAAAAAGAUUACCACAACUGUAUUAUAUAAAGAUGAAAAUUUCUUAUGAUCUGGGUUUUAUUGCAAUCGGAGUCGCCAUAGCAACGUAACGACGCCAUUAGGUUUUUUAUUUAUCUUUGUGUUUCUCUGUACCAGGAUUUUUUUUUAAGAAAUCGCUUAAGGGAGUUUGUACCUGCAUAAUUGCCUCAAUUAUGGCAAAGUUUGAACAAAUUCUAUGUGAGCGUUUUUGAGAUAUAUUUUUGAAACGAAGUUUUAAGCAUCAUAAAAACAGUGAAAUAGCAUGCAUACUUCUUCGGGCGUAAUAACGAUGAUGAUGACAACAAUAGGUAAAAAGCACCGUCCGCUAAUAAUGACGAUUAUCAUAGUUAUAAACAAGUCUUAGUUAUAGCCCUGAAAAAAAUCUCAGGGGGUCAUUUGAACCAUUCACUUCAUCUCGCCAGAAGUCAAAGUUGUCUACACUCAUUCUAAGGUUUGUGCGAUUUUACGACUUAUUUUCACUUCCGGUGUGUCGAUAGAAAAAACCUGCACGCGCCAUAACUGUUGCUCGUGCAACACAACGAAAGUGAAAAUAGAGACCUUUAGAUUCUAAGACGAGUACGACUACGAGUACGAGAUUUUUUCAAUACUAAGUAGCGUACGCGCGUGAGUCAGCGUCAUUUUGGCGGGAAAAAGUGGUAGUCGUCGUUAUUCUACUACGAGUUUUCGCGCGAAUGUCGUGGUGGCGAAAACAAGAUAUCAAAUUUUAAAAGUUUUAUCAUUUGCAAUCGGGAGAGCGCGUACGCUCCUUCACUAAAGAUAGCAAUGCUAUUUUUUUAAAGUGAAAAAUGGUAAAAUGAAGCUUUCCGGGAAGUCUACAUUUUAAGGAGACGCGAAAACACUUCAAGUCAAAUCUCCUACUCGUAGUCGUCCUCGUCCUCGAAUCUAAAGGACUCCAAUACGUCGUAAAAUCGCACGAACCAGAAAUAAAACCUGCGGAAAACAUUUGUAUUUUGUCCCGGGACCUAUCUUAUUUUUUGGUUUGCACGCAUCAUUCAUGAUGGCAUUUCGAACAGAAAAGUUUCAGGGAAAGCUAUCCAGUACAAUUUUCUGUAAGCCACAAAAUGCCUUUUUUCGCUGUAUCUUAAAAUCUGCUGGAUAACUUUUUGUCAUGCUGUCUAAGAAGUUAAAGAAUUUCGGGAGCUUUCCAACAAGGAAAUAAACAUGGUAGGUCACCGACUUAGUUUUUCAGAUAAUUUACAAAAACUGAAAUUUUGAGUGUCUGUUUGUUGAUCUUACGUGUUGCCAUGGUAACCGACAUGACGUCACAAGUACCCUUAAAGUAUUGCCCAAUAAUAGAGUUGCAAAGAUUUUUAUAGUUUGCCCACACGAUCAAAGCUUUUUUCUUGUAACCUUUCGUCGUUUCACAAACAUACGGUAACGUAAAACCCUUUCGAGCCUCCUUCAACACCGUUGUUGUCUAACCACACCUGUAUUGUUUUUAACAGAGAAGGCUUGUGUGCCAUGCAUUUUCCCAGUGGUUGUUUUCAUGACAUUCGGGACACACCUCAUAAACUUCGGGAUUUGUCGUGGACCCCAGGUCAAUGGUCAGCGGAGAGGGUUUGCUCCGAAUCUCAGCACGAAAACUUCAAAAUGUUCAACAAAACCAUGGAGAAAAUAUCCCAAAGAAAAUUCCAGCCACUGAAGGCCCCGUUAACGAAACGAUGGGAAGUUGCAACGUCUAAUGAGAAAGAAAAUUGCCUCAAAACAGCCGAGAUGUCUUGUCGGUUGGUAUGCGGUGUAAUCGCUCCAAAUGAUCCGGAUAAGCUCUACGAGGCCCUGGUAACGGCAACAGAGAAACAGAGUUCACACGACAUACUUAACCGAAAAAGAAUCUAAAAAUUGAAAUUCUCAUCCUGUAUGUUAUGAAUUACUCGACUGAAGAGCUAAAGAAACUUCACGAGCCUUUUAAGAAGCUAAGUGAUCGGCAGAUAAAGAAAGCGAGACAUCAAGCGAAGAUUAAUGGUCCAGGAGUGCUAUUAAAGAAAGCCAUUAGUCAUCGUGUGCGCAUAGACAUAGUGACACUAGAUGACUUUCUCACCUUCGUUGACCGACCUUAUUUCUACCAAAAUGUUGCUUAUGGUCAACGGUCCCUCAAACUAGAGAGUGGCGAGCGUUUAGCGAUGCCUAUCGUCAUCCGUACCGUCACUAGGUCUACAAUUUUUGCGCAGUAUUUGGCAUUUUGUGAAGACGACGGCCUUCAACCACUAAGUCGUGCAACGAUGUACCGCGUCCUUAACGUGAGGGAAGCGUCUCAGCGUAAGUCUUGGCAAGGACUGGACAAUGUAUCCGCUGACGGUGCCGAAGGUACAAAGAAUCACCCGAAUUGUUAAAGAACUUGAAGAAGAGUACGGAGUGAACAAGGAUAGGUGUUCAGAUGUUAGGAACUGCCUAAAGAAGGCGAAGUGCUACCUAAAAUUCAUUGUCGCGACGAAGAAGACAGCCGUUGUGCAGAUCACUGCAGGAAGUUCGCUCUUAGUGAUCCCGUUGAUGAAGACUUCAAACAACAGUGCUUGCACGACCAUUUAUCAAAGUGUGACAGUUGCGAGGAACUGAAGACUGUUCUUCAAUCCGUGGAGGGAAAAAUCAAUGAGCUUUCCUCUUCGAUGUACUCCAAAGAACAACGUGAUAAUCUUCUGUAUGACUUGGGAAAGUCCCUCAACUUCAUCAACGAAUGGAAAUGCCUAAUUCUCCGAUGUGAAAACCAAGAGAUCGCAAAACAAAGCUUCAUACAAAACCUGACAGACGAUUCAGUGUUUAUAGUGAUGAAUCGCGCAAUGAAGUUCUUACAGCGGUUGAUUGGCGAUUGGUAUGCUAAGAGGGGAAUGAACUGGCACGUUAGCUGUGCUAUCACGAGUGAUGGAAAGGGAAAUUUUUUUCGUUUCCUUCUACAACCACCUAUUCAACAGCUGUUCACAGGAUUGGUUCUCUGUCCUGUCCAUCUUGGAGAGUCUCCUAAUCACCGUUCGCUCCUCAAAUCCAAAGGUAAAGAAGGCUUAUCUAAAAUCAGAUGAGGCCGGCUGUUACCACAAUAGCCAGCUUAUUGUUGCCGCCCGUGAUGUUGGAGAGCGUGUAGGUGUGUCACUUCAGAGAUACGACUUUUCUGAACCACAGUCUGGAAACUGAGACGUAUGUGACAGGAUACUAUGGCCCUUGAAAGGCGCUAUAAGGAGAUACUGCAACGAGGGCCACGACGUUCUCACUGCUAGUGAUAUGCACACGGCGCUCAAAGAAAGUCCAGUUCAAGGCUGUAUCGAAGCUGUAUGCCGCGUAAAUGAAACCAAGAAAGGUUUAGAUAUCAAGAAACUCCAGCACUUUAGUGCCAUGCACGACUUUUCAUAUCACAAGACGGUCUCAGAGUGUGGAAGGCAUUCCAAGUUGGCCCUGGCAAACUCAAUCCGUGGGAUGAAAUUUACAUUAAGCAUCAAAGCGCCACCGAUCUUAUAACAGAACAGGAGAAUUUUGGCUUCACUCCGAGAGUAACGCAUGGAAGCGCGCAUAACAGUGGUGAAGCACAAAGCAGCAGUGAAUUGGGGCUAGUGUUGGAAUGCCCAGAACCAGCAUGUGCUAGGACAUUCAGAUCUGUCGAAGAAAUGGAGAAGUACUUAUCUGUUGGACAACAUACAGAGAGUAUGUACGACACUCAAACGAGGCUAGGAUGA